AUGAAGUUCAGUGAGCCGAACGCGUGGACCCAGUUUGAGAUCCGCAAACCGGCGGGCUCAGCACCGCGCCUGUCUCGCACGCAGCAGGCCCACGACCCGUUGCCCACGAGGCAGCGCGCGGGGCCGGGGAGCCGGGCAGCGCGAACGGGCGGCGGUGGCACUGCGCAUGCUCCGCGUGUCAGCGCAGCUUUCCGUAGCAGAGGGGGCAGCUCCGCAGCUGCUUUCGAGGUCUCCGGUAGGGCCGACGCUCCGGUAUUCUCUCAGUCCUCGUCCUUGGCUGGCAGCCGGCGUCCGUCCACUUGUCGAGUCGCCGGCCGCAGCCUCCACUUAAGCGCGCCCCGAUCUGGCCCCCUGCCCCGCGAAGAUGGCUGCCGUACGCCGGGCCCGCAGUUACUGCCGCUGCCUGGUGCGCUUCUCCGACCGAGAACUCUACUAAGCCCCGCUGCACAGACAGGCAGGAGUAGACACCCGGACACCCAGCACCCCUCCUCCGGGGGGCGGUGCAAGGGCGCGGAGAGCCCUUCGACCGCAGCUGGCCGCCCCGCCAGCAUGGCAGAAGCUGAGGAAGAUUGUCAUUCUGAUGCUGUCAGAGCAGAUGAUGAUGAAGAAAAUGAAAGUCCUGCUGAAACGGAUCUGCAGGCACAGCUCCAGAUGUUCCGAGCUCAGUGGAUGUUUGAACUUGGCCCAAGUGUAAGCUCUGGCAAGUUAGAAAAUCAACCUUGCAGAGCAGCUAGAGGCUCUCUAUUGAAAGCAGCAACAGAUACCAAAGGAAAACAAGAACAGGCAAAAGAAGAAAAGGCUCGAGAGCUCUUUCUAAAAGCUGUAGAAGAAGAACAAAAUGGAGCUCUCUAUGAAGCCAUCAAGUUUUAUCGUAGGGCUAUGCAACUUGUACCUGAUAUAGAGUUCAAGAUUACUUAUACCCGGUCUCCAGAUGGUGAUGGCGUUGGAAACAGCUACAUUGAAGAUAGUGAUGAUGAUAGCAAAAUGGCAGAUCUCUUGUCCUACUUCCAGCAGCAACUCACAUUUCAGGAGUCUGUGCUCAAACUGUGUCAGCCUGAGCUUGAGAGCGGCCAGACUCACAUAUCAGCUAGAGACCCUGAAAUUUGGCGUCUGGCCUGCUUGAAAGUUUGGGGCAGAAGCUGUAUUAAACUUGUUCCGUACACAUCCUGGAGACAGAUGUUUUUAGAACGGCCACGUGUUCGGUUUGAUGGAGUGUAUAUCAGCAAAACCACAUAUAUUCGUCAAGGGGAACAGUCUCUUGAUGGUUUCUACAGAGCCUGGCACCAAGUGGAAUAUUACAGGUACAUAAGAUUCUUCCCUGAUGGCAGUGUGAUGAUGCUGACAACGCCAGAGGAGCCUCAGUCCAUUGUUCCUCGCUUAAGAACUAGGAAUACCAGAACUGAUGCAAUUCUACUGGGUCAUUAUCGCUUGUCACAAGAUACAGACAAUCAGACCAAAGUAUUUGCUGUAAUAACUAAGAAAAAAGAAGAAAAACCACUUGACUACAAAUACAGAUAUUUUCGUCGUGUCCCUGUACAAGAAGCAGAUCAGAGUUUUCAUGUGGGGCUACAACUGUGUUCCAGUGGCCACCAGAAGUUCAAUAAACUCAUCUGGAUACAUCAUUCUUGUCACAUUACUUACAAAUCAACUGGUGAGACGGCAGUGAGUGCUUUUGAGAUUGACAAGAUGUAUACCCCCUUGUUCUUCGCCAGAGUAAGGAGCUACACAGCUUUCUCAGAAAGGCCGCUGUAGGACCGUGAGUCCAGUCCUGUCACUGUUGCAUGAAUAAAAGUAUAUAGCGCAAAAGAUCACCUAAGUUAUAAAUGUACAUAUGUAUGGAAUUGGAACUUAUUUUAAAUUGUUGCAGUUCUUUUAAGAAGAGUAUAAAUUGAUUAUUUUUUUUAUUUAAAGGGAUAGUUGCUUCUUGGGGUGUUUUGUUUAAAAAUUAAGAAGUUGAAAGUAUAAGUUGUUUAAGUAUAUUUAUGUUUUGAAAAACCUUACUAUGAGGUUAAAAUCAUGUUCUUUUUAAAGCAGAUUUAUGAGAUUUCUGUCCUAUAAGUUGUCUCCUGAGCAUCCUAAUAUUUAAAUGCACCAGAGGAAAGCUCCACUGGAUAAACAUUUUAUUCCUGCAUGACAUAAUGUCUUUGCACUAAAGGCUCAAAUGUAAAAACCUGUUCUGGAUUGGAUUGAAACUGUUUCAACAAUAAAGAUUACAAAUAAACAUUUCUUUCAAGAAAAUA